GAUUAUGCCCGGGUUGAGCUUCAGCACCUGCAGCCAGCAACGCUUCCGAGAAAUCUUCCAGAGCAACCAGGUGGGCUGCCUCCUGGACCAGCCUGAGCCGGCUCGUUUGGGGAAGUCCCGUUGCGGGAACCGCCUGGUAGAAUCCGGAGAGGAGUGUGACUGCGGCCUCUUUUUGGAGUGUACAGAUCCUUGUUGCAAUGCAACCACCUGCCAAUUAGUACCAGGAGCCCAGUGUGCCACCGGACAAUCUUGCUGUCACCAGUGCAAGCUACGCAGUGCUGGGCACACUUGCCGUCCAAUCCAGAAUGAAUGUGACCUCCCCGAAUUCUGCGACGGGACAUCCCCACGCUGCCCUUCGAACACCUACAAGCAGGAUGGCACCCUAUGUGAAGGCGGCAAGGCGGUGUGCCACGGGGGCAUCUGCCCCACGUACUUAAGUCAGUGCCAAGCCCGUUGGGGUCCCGACGCGGUUCCCGCGACAGAAGCCUGCGUGGCGUCGCUGAAUCAGAGGGGAGAUGCCCAGGGCAACUGUGGGCAGAAUCCUGCCGGAUCCUACGUCUCCUGCGCUAAGAGCGACGUCCGGUGCGGGCAGCUGCAGUGCAAGAAAAAACGGAAUGGAACGCUUAGGACCCUCAACUGCCUGCGUGAUGCUCUGAAGGUUGUCGUGGCGACCGACGUUGUAGAGGAAGCCGGGACGUUAUCCGGGACAAAUUGUGGUCCUCAUAAAGUUUGCAUCGACCAGCGAUGCCAGGAAGUUUCCUCCUUAAAAUUCCCCGUGUGCCAGUGCAACGGACGUGGGCUUUGUAACAACAGAGGGCACUGCCAUUGCGAGCCCGGGUGGGCGCCCCCUGGCUGCCAGGCGGGCGGCCUUGGGGGCAGUGUGGACAGUGGGCCCCCAGCCCCGGGGGAAG